GCUUGGCUGUCAGGUCCCUUCGCCUUUUGUUCGGUUACUGAGUUGCUGCCUUGGCCAGAGUCCGGAGCAGCCGCCGCCCGAGCGCGCCGAGCUCAGUUCGCUGCCCGCGCCGGCUCCCACCCGGCCCAACCACGACCCGGCCCGGCUCACACACGCAGCCACCAUGGAGGUAAUGAACCUGAUCGAACAACCCAUCAAGGUGACUGAGUGGCAGCAGACGUACACCUACGACUCAGGCAUCCACUCAGGUGCCAACACCUGUGUGCCCUCCGUCAGCAGCAAGGGUAUCAUGGAGGAGGACGAAGCCUGUGGGCGCCAGUAUACGCUCAAGAAGACCACCACCUACACCCAGGGGGUGCCCCAGAACCAAGGUGAUCUCGAGUACCAGAUAUCCACGACGGCCAGAGCCAAGCGGGUGCGGGAGGCCAUGUGUCCAGGUGUGACAGGCGAGGACAGCUCAUUGCUGUUGGCCACCCAGGUGGAGGGACAGACCACCAACCUGCAGAGACUGGCUGAGCCGUCCCAGCUGCUCAAGUCGGCCAUCGUGCAUCUCAUCAACUACCAGGACGAUGCGGAGCUGGCCACCCGGGCCCUUCCCGAGCUCACCAAACUGCUCAACGAUGAGGACCCGGUGGUGGUGACCAAGGCGGCCAUGAUUGUGAACCAGCUGUCAAAGAAGGAAGCAUCCCGCCGGGCCCUGAUGGGCUCCCCGCAGCUGGUGGCGGCCGUGGUGCGCACCAUGCAGAACACCAGCGACCUGGACACGGCCCGCUGCACCACCAGCAUCCUGCACAACCUCUCCCACCACCGCGAGGGGCUGCUCGCCAUCUUCAAGUCAGGCGGCAUCCCUGCCCUGGUCCGCAUGCUCAGCUCUCCCGUGGAGUCGGUCCUGUUCUACGCCAUCACCACCCUGCACAACCUGCUACUGUACCAGGAGGGUGCCAAGAUGGCAGUACGCCUGGCAGAUGGGCUGCAGAAGAUGGUGCCCCUGCUCAACAAGAACAACCCAAAGUUCCUGGCCAUCACCACCGACUGCCUGCAGCUCCUGGCCUACGGCAACCAGGAGAGCAAGCUCAUCAUCCUGGCCCAUGGAGGACCCCAGGCACUUGUUCAGAUCAUGCGGAACUAUAGCUAUGAGAAGCUUCUCUGGACCACCAGCCGCGUGCUCAAGGUGCUAUCCGUGUGUCCCAGCAAUAAGCCUGCCAUUGUGGAGGCUGGUGGCAUGCAGGCCCUGGGCAAGCACCUGACCAGCAACAGCCCCCGCCUGGUGCAGAACUGCCUCUGGACCCUGCGUAACCUCUCGGAUGUGGCCACCAAGCAGGAGGGCCUGGAGAGUGUGCUGAAGAUCCUGGUGAACCAGCUGAGUGUGGACGAUGUCAACGUCCUCACCUGUGCCACGGGCACCCUCUCCAACCUGACCUGCAACAACAGCAAGAAUAAGACUCUGGUGACACAGAACAGUGGCGUGGAGGCGCUCAUCCAUGCCAUCCUGCGCGCUGGCGACAAGGAUGACAUCACAGAGCCUGCUGUCUGUGCCCUGCGCCACCUCACCAGCCGCCAUCCUGAGGCCGAGAUGGCUCAGAACUCCGUGCGCCUCAAUUACGGCAUCCCAGCCAUUGUCAAGUUGCUCAACCAGCCAAACCAGUGGCCACUGGUCAAGGCAACCAUUGGUCUUAUCAGGAAUCUGGCCCUGUGCCCGGCCAACCAUGCCCCCCUGCAGGAGGCGGCCGUCAUUCCCCGCCUUGUCCAGCUGCUGGUCAAGGCCCACCAGGAUGCCCAGCGCCACGUGGCUGCAGGCACGCAGCAGCCCUACACCGACGGUGUCAGGAUGGAGGAGAUUGUGGAGGGCUGCACUGGAGCCCUGCACAUCCUCGCCCGGGAUCCCAUGAACCGCAUGGAGAUCUUCCGGCUCAACACCAUCCCCCUGUUUGUGCAGCUCCUGUACUCGUCGGUAGAGAACAUCCAGCGUGUGGCCGCCGGCGUCCUCUGCGAGCUGGCCCAGGACAAGGAGGCAGCCGAUGCCAUUGAUGCCGAGGGGGCCUCCGCCCCUCUCAUGGAGCUUCUGCACUCUCGCAACGAGGGCACUGCCACCUAUGCUGCCGCUGUCCUGUUCCGAAUCUCUGAGGACAAGAACCCGGAUUACCGCAAGCGCGUGUCCGUGGAGCUCACCAACUCCCUCUUCAAGCAUGACCCCGCCGCCUGGGAGGCUGCCCAGAGCAUGAUCCCCAUCAAUGAACCCUAUGCUGAUGACAUGGAUGCCACCUACCGCCCCAUGUACUCCAGCGAUGUCCCGCUUGACCCCCUGGAGAUGCACAUGGACAUGGAUGGGGACUACCCCAUUGACACCUACAGCGACGGCCUCAGGCCCCCCUACCCCACUGCGGACCACAUGCUGGCCUAGCUGGCCCCACCCAGUACGGCACCCGCUGCCUCGCGGCCCUGCGCCUGCUCACAGGCUGCCGAGGUGCCUGUUUCUCCCUAUCAUGAACCUCCUUCUGAUGGGAGCCCUCCAUUUUCUCUGCUGAAACCUUGGCUUCUGUUUCGGGGGGAAGGAGUAUGGGAGCCCCUUGCCGCUGAGCUUCCCAAAGUAAGGCCUGCUCUGGCUGCCUCCUCCUUGUACCUUUGCUUGGGGCUGGAGUCCUGCUCCUUCCAGCCUCUUCUUACUAAGGAAAGACAACUGGCCCUUCUGGGGUGGUGGGUGAGUGUCAUGGGAGUGGCCUGAGCUUCUGGGGGACACCCAGUCCCUGGUCCCUGGGUCUGUGCCCCUGGCAGAUGCGGUUCCUCGCCUGAGAGGCUCUUGUGCAGGUGAUGGGGUGAGACAGAAAAGUGCCUGAGCCGUGGGAGCCCGGGCUGUGACUUCCUGCUGGACUCCACGCCUUCCGAAGUCCUCCCAGGGUUUCUUGGGAUGGUGUUCUGCCCCUGCUUUUCUGUCCUGGGCUGUGGGUUCAGGGCCCGCCUGACCUCCCUGCCCCACUUCUGUGGCCGUGGCCGCUAAAGCUUUAGAUUCAGCCGCCCACCCUGUGUCUCCCAGCAGCCCUCCUGACCUGUUUGUCCCCAGUUGCCUGGACCCUUCUCUGGGUCAGGUUUUCUCACCGGACUUCCCUGACCCACUGCUCUGAGGCCCCAGGGUCUCCAGGACCCAGGCUCAGGGCCCAAACCCCUGAAAUCCAAAGCUUCUUUUGAAAAAUUCAGGGACCUUCCAGGGAGACAGGACGGAGAUGCAGAAAGUGAGUCCCCUACUCUAACGGACAUCCACCGAUCUCUCCAGGAUCCUAAAUUGGCUUCUGCCCCUCCUGGAGAAGCUCUGGGGACAUCUCCCACCCUGACCCCCCCCCCACUGCCCCAGCUGACCCCCAGAAGUGCUCUUGCUGACCCCUCUGGUGUGCGGUGAGGGGCUUUCUCUUCCCUUCCUGUUUCAGACUCCCCUACCAUCCCUUGCACAUGGGUAUGGGAGGGUGGCAGGGGUCCCAGCCGAGAGUGUAUUAUUAUCGCUUUAUGUUUUUGGUUAUUGGUUGUUUUUGUAUAGACCAAAGCAAAGAAAAUAAAAGUAACACACAGA